AGGACCGUGACGAGCAAUCAUCAUACUUCCGGCAACUUCCGUGCAAUCUCAAGGAGCCAUAGUUAAGGUUGAUUGUGACCCAGAGUCUCUCUUGCUGGUCCUCAGAUCUCGACACGCAAGAAUUUUUAGCUGAAAUGGAGGGCAGCAGUGUUGAGGACAUCAACACCAUGGAAGCAAGUGUUGUGGCGGCAGGCAGCGGGAAGGAAGGUGCUGAAGUCUACGAUGUGAUGCAAAGGAAGGAGGGUAGCCUCCUUAGAAGGGGCCGUGCGUCCUGUUGCUGGGGCUCUCAGUGGUUGGAGACAUUCGUUGUCAUAUCGCAAGAGAGGCAGAGGGUGAAGAAGGACGGGAAGGAUUUUCUCGUGAGGAAAUGCCUGCUGAGGUGCUACCAUGAACAAUCGGAUGAGGAACCCUACGAGUUGAUUGAUAUCACAUUCUCUCGAACUCGAAUUUGCCCGGGCAAGACGUCUGGACAGGAGUUUUGCUUUGAGUUGAAGCUUAGCAAACAUACGUUGAUGAUGAGCGCCGAGUCUUCGGAGGAGCUCACGGCUUGGACUGAGAGUAUCCAGACAAUGACAGAAAAUAGUCGAUCCCGCCCUGCAGUACGCCCAGCAGCAAAGAAGGCUAACUUACAAAAGUCGUGCAAGGACCUAGAAUCUGAUUCACAAAACACUUCCCCUCAGAAACAGAGCCCGUCUUGUUCGUCUCCAACAAGCUCAUCGGAGAAGUGCUCGCACGACGAGGAUGCUACGAGACAGGACGAGUCCAUUGCUGUUCCAAACGCAGGAGAAACCAUCAUUUCACUCAGUGUGGCUCCAGAGAGUGUGCAGAUCUCAACUGAGACCGAAGAUGAGACUUUGUUUGCAAGGCCAGUACCUUCCGAGGGCAAGCCAGGAAGUCAAUCCAGUCACGACAGGCAUUCAAAAAGGGAAGGUGGAGAAAGACAGAUUGAGAGCCUUGACCAAGUUGAGUCAUCAGAGGUGAAGUACAUGGCCUGACUUUCUACAAAGACAUCAACGAGGAACAUUACUUGUGAUUGCUGUAUGAAAAGCUUGUA